UAUAUCUUCGAUGCAUUAAAUGUUUUAACUAUAUGUCUUCAGACUAUAGAGAUUACAAAUUUGAAGUGAAAAUAAAUUGUAAAAUAAUAUUUUUGAAAAUUGCAGAAAAAUGGAAAAAACCUGUAAAUUCUGCCGGUACGUUAUAAUUGCAACCCUUGUAUACAGUGCUGUUGAUGGAUUGAGUUGUCAAUAUUUCUCUCAGGAAGAAUGUGAUAGCUCAACUCACAGAAACUGCACCACAAACAAUAUUGAUUGUAAAUUAGGGAAAGAGCCAGCGUAUUGUUAUGCUACUUGGCAUAACAACACGCUGCUAAAUCAAGUGGUCAUAACAGGCAAGAGUUGUACUAACCGGCAGGAUUGCUCACAACCUAGAUAUGUCAACACAACUAGGUCGCUCCGGGACAAAAUGUAUUGUUGUUGCAAUUCUAGUUUGUGCAACAACAACGUCGAAUGGGUCCCGGAGAUCAAUAGUAACCAAUACAUAAUUUAUCAUACACACAUAUAUCGUUAACUAAAUAAUGUAAUAAUAAAAUUAUUUUUUUUUUUACCUUAGGUGAGCCAAGUGAUAAGACAAUUGUUAUUAUAAUAGGAUAUAUCGUUGCAUUCAUUUGUAUCUUUGUACUAUACAAAUCGUAUCAAUGUGUAAGUAACUUUAAUAAUAGACAACGGUAUAUGUAACAUUAAAGUCAUCAAAUAAUUAUCAUUUGUACAUCAUUAUUCAUUAUGAAUAAAGUUGUUGAAGGUCUGUGAUAAAACAAUUUCUUACAUAAAAUAUAUUCAUUGA